AUGAUAAAAAAAAAAAUAAAGUUGAUUUUUUAUGCCUUAACGGCGUUCGUUAUUAAUUUAUACGGGACGCAAAUUUAUGGAAAAUACGUUCAAGGACAUUUAGUAACCCACGAGAAUUGGGCGUUCGUAUCGAGAUUUUGUUUUCUAUCUGAUGUCGGUUUGUUCGAAUAUAGCAUAGAAUACGAUCAAGAUUAUUUUGGAACGAUUAAUUUAUUAUUAUAUUACGAUUCGGAAUCACAAUGGCCGUCCGUGUACAAAACGAACAAGACGUGUUGGCAAAAAGAAAAACCGUUAAAAAAAGAACAAAAUCAAAUUGUUAAUUUAACAACGAAAGGUUUAUUCGAUAACGGUUGUAAUAAAGAAAAUGGACGAUCAUCAUCUAGAAAAAAUACAGGAAUGAUUUAUUGUAAUAAUGCAAAAAGAUUUAAAUCAUCAAGAGAAAGAUGGUGGUUUAUUGCAUUUAGUAAUUGUAAUUCUACAAAAGGUUUAAAUGUUAAAUAUAAAUUUUUAAUGACAAAUGCACCACCUGGAGAAUAUUGGCACGAACAUUUAUCAGCAGACGAAUUUUACGUUUUACCCAUUCUGAUGACGUUUGCAAUAAUUUACAUGUUAAUGAUACUUUCGAUAAUUAUGUGCAGCGUCGAACUUAAAGCACGACAAUUUUUUCACACGACGUACAAAUUAUUUAUAGCAUCAGUGGCAGUAGAAGAAUUUGGGGUCAUGACCCAAUGCAUAGCUUAUGUGAAAUACGCGCUGGAUGGUGUCGGUCAUCCAAAAAUGAAAACAUUCGGACAAUUUUGCGAAGCGAUAUCAGAAAUAUGUUUUCUUUUAUUACUUUUGCUAUUGGCAAAAGGUUACACUAUAACAAGAGGUCGUCUUCGUUUGGGUUCAAGCGUUAAACUCACAGUAUUUAUGUGCCUUUACGUUGUUUGUUUUUGUUGUUUGUUCAUUUACGAAAGAGAAUAUUUCGAUCCUGGAGAAGUUUUGUAUCUUUACGACAGCGCUCCAGGUUAUGGUGUCAUAGCUUUACGUAUAAUAGCAUGGUGGAUAUUUUUACAUUCGACAGUAUUCACAUUAAAACAUUAUCCAGAAAAAGUUUCUUUUUAUUAUCCCUUUAAUAUAAUAGGAACUCUUUGGUUUGUCGCCGGUCCUUGCGUUGUUUUAGCAGCAAAUAGUCAAAUUGAUAAAUGGGUUAGGGAAAGCGUCGUAUGCGGAGCAUUUCACAUAAUUGCUUUUGGUGGACAUUUGUUAUUUUUAGUACUCACACUUCCGUCGAAAGCAAAUAAAAAUUUUCCAUAUCACGUGAGAACAAAUCAAAUCGGUAUGAUGGAAAUAACGGGAAUAUCGGGAAACAGUUCGAUUUAUCAAUUCGGUCAUCACACGUAUGCUCCCGGUGGUCCCGUCGGUAUACGAGAAGUACCUUUCGAAUUGUUUUCCGUUUCCAGACAAUUGGAUUUGAGGGACAAACCCCUGGAUUUCGAAUCUCAACCUUUUCCUCAUCAGUUACUACCCAAUUACACUCAAACUAUUUUGUUACCGAUAACGAUAAAAAAUAUAUCGGCGGAAGGAAGUCCGGAAUCGUCGAGAUGUACGACACCCGACGUCGUACCUGAACCUAAAAUCGAUACUAAAAAUGAAGAUUACAUAGAAGCACCAUCACCACCCCAGAUUAUAUUUCCGAGGAUUUUAUCUGCUGAUGUUGUUGGUAGAUCUGAUGGAAUCGUAGCAGACGAUAGGAAAAUUUAUUCGGCUGAUUGCGUUAAAAGAGAAAAACCAUCCGCUCCUCUCGAAGAAAUUUUAAUGGAAGAAAAUGAAAAACCACAACCGGAAACGACAGUUUCGACACCGAGUCCUACGAAAACAAACGAACAAUCGGAUAAUAAAUCCGAAUUAUCGAUAGAAAAAUUAACGGAUAUGUUUACGGCAACAAGUCGAAAAAAUAACUAA